GACCUACUCGCUGAUUUUUAUUUUCCAGAACAUUCCUUUGGGCUCUUACUUCAAUCCCCACAAACACCCACCCGCAUUCCUACCUAGUUUACGAAUUUCGAUAGCAGAGUAAGACCCAGAAACGACGACCGGAAUUUGGAGCCGUAAUGGGGGUGGAUUACUACAACAUACUGAAGGUUAGCCGUGGCGCCACCGAGGAGGAGCUCAAGAGAUCGUAUAAGAAGUUGGCGAUGAAGUGGCACCCGGACAAGAACUCCGUCAAUAAGAAAGAAGCUGAGGCCAAGUUUAAGCAGAUCUCUGAGGCGUAUGAUGUGCUCAGCGACCCGCAGAAGCGUCAGAUCUAUGAUAUUUACGGGGAGGAGGGGAUCAAGUCGGCGGAAUUAUCGAGUCCCAGUGGAGGAGCUGGGGCGUACAGGUUCAAUCCCAGACAUGCGGAGGAUAUAUUUGCGGAGUUUUUCGGAGGAUCGGAUAGGAAGGUUUAUGGAGAUGGGGUUGCGAGUCAGGGCGGCAAGAAAGCCCCGCCGGUGGAGAGCAAGUUGGCGUGCAGCUUGGAGGAGCUUUACAAUGGUAGCCGCCGGAAAAUGAGGAUUUCCCGGCUUGUUCCUGACGAAUUUGGUAAGCCAAAGACUGUUGAUGAAAUACUUAAAAUAGAUAUCAAGCCUGGCUGGAAGAAGGGCACAAAGAUAACCUUUCCUGAAAAAGGAAACCAUGAACCUGGUGUCACUCCAGCAGAUCUUAUUUUUGUGGUGGAUGAGAAACCGCAUGCUGUUUUCAAGAGGGAUGGAAAUGAUCUCAUUGUCAAUCAGAAAAUCUCACUCUUGGACGCACUCACAGGCCAUACCCUAAACUUGACAACCUUAGAUGGAAGAACUCUCACAAUCCCAGUUACAGAUAUUGUGAAACCGGGUUAUCAAGUGGUGAUCUCAAAUGAAGGAAUGCCCCUCUCAAAAGAACCCAGCAAGAAGGGAAAGCUUAUAAUCAAGUUCGACGUCAAGUUUCCAUCCAGGCUCACUGCAGAACAGAAGUCUGAUCUGAGGAGAGCAUUGGGAGGAGCUGAAAACUAGUUCCCCAUAAGUCGACACUGAUUUAUAUUAUGGUUCAACUAAAUGUAAAUAAGUUUUCUUCACUUCUAAAGAGGAUAAUUGUGCAUGGUAGGAACAAAGUUCAAUGGGUUGUAACUUGUAAGUAGUGUUGAUGGUGUGAAGUUGCACGGGUAAACCUUCACAACCUCAGGUUUACUCUCUCUGCUUUGGCAUUCUAAUUGCAGUCUGUACACUUGUAAUUCAAGUUUAAAUGUUUAAUGGUGGUGUUAUGGAGAAAGACCUGUAUUAUAUAUUUUGGAAAUAAAGUCUUCCUUUGGUC